AUGUCACUGAGCGACCAUCCCAAGGCCUACGGCACCGCUGCGUUGGUGGCCGCCUUUGCCACCGGCAUCCUCGUGACGCUGGGCUUCAAAGAUGCCUACCCGGAGCUCGAGAGCCGAUUCCAGGAAAAGCGCCGGAGACCCGGCGGUCGAAGCGGCAAAGGGGGGCUCGGCAAGCGACGAUCCAGCAUAUUCUGGGGCACCGCACCCGUCACUCUCGAGGACCACGAGCAAGACUCGUUUACUAGCCCAUCCGAGGGCAUCGCCGAGGACGGCAUCGCGGGCUGUAUCGGCAACACGCCGCUCAUCAGGAUCCAGUCGCUCUCCGAGGCCACGGGCCGCACCAUUCUCGCCAAGGCCGAGUUCCUCAACGGCGCCGGCAACAGCCCCAAGGACCGCGUGGCGCUGCGCAUCAUCCGCGAGGCCGAGAGCCAGGGCCUGCUGACGCCGCACCGCGGCGACACCAUCUACGAGGGCACCGUCGGCAGCACGGGCAUCUCGCUGGCGACGCUCGCCCGCGCGCUCGGCUACCGCGCGCACAUUUGCAUGCCCGACGACCAGAGCCACGAAAAGUCGGACCUGCUGCUGCACCUCGGCGCGGCUGUCGAGCGCGUCGCCGUCGCCCCCAUCACCAGCCCGGACCACUUUGUCAACCUGGCCCGGCGCCGCGCCGUCGAGCACGCGGCCGCCCACGAGGACGGCAGCCGCGGCUUCUUCGCCGACCAGUUCGAGUCCCCCGCCAAUUGGCAGGCGCACUUUGCCACCACGGGACCGGAGAUUUGGCGCCAGACGGGCGGGCUCGUCGAUGCCUUUGUCGCGGGCGCCGGCACCGGCGGCACCAUUGCCGGCGUGGCGCGCUACCUCAAACGCGGCGGCGGCGGCGAGGCCAAGAAGACCACCCCGCGGCGCGUGCGCGUCGUCCUCGCCGAUCCUCAGGGGAGUGGCCUUUACAACAAGAUCAAGCACGGCGUCAUGUACGCGCCGACGGAGCGCGAGGGCACGCGCCGCCGGCAGCAGGUCGACUCCAUGGUCGAGGGCGUGGGCGUCAACCGCGUGACGGCGAACUUCGAGGCCGGCCGCGACCUGGUCGACGACGCGGUCAAGGUCACGGACGAGCAGGCGUGCCGCAUGGCGCGCUGGCUGGUGGAAAAGGACGGCAUCUUCGUCGGCAGCAGCAGCGCCGUCAACUGCGUCGGCGCCGUCGCCACGGCCCUGACGCUGCCGGCGGGGAGCGUCGUCGUCACGAUGCUGUGCGACUCGGGCACGCGCCACCUCAGCAAGUUCUGGAAGCACAUCAAGGCGGCCGGCCUGGAGGAGCACGAGGCCACGGACCUCUUUGCCGAGCUUGGACUGUCUUGA